CAUGGCGUCCUGACCGAUUGUGUGGUGGAGUUGCCCAAUCUUAUUUGUUUCACGAUAAUCAAGGCCUUUCUCUCUUCCGUAACUUCACUUAUUCGUUAUCACCUUAAUUCUGUUUAAUGAGCGAUGGCGACAAUGGAUGGGUAUAAAAGCCGACAGUUUUUUACUCUUUUAUUGAACUGGCUGAGUUACGCGUCAACCUACUUGCUUCGCAAACCAUUAGGAGUGGUCAAAGCAGAUAUGGCUAAAGUAUACAAUUUAUCAAGAACACAGCUUGGUUUUUUGGACACAGCUUUCUUAUUGCCAUAUGCUGUUAUGCAGAUGACAUUAUCAUCAUUUGGUGACAAAUAUGGGCCUCGGAGAGCAUUGGCUGUUUGUUUGAUAUGUUCUUCACUAUCAAUGAUUUCCUUUGGUUACUGGAACAGCGUAUUCAUGUUUUCAGUUCUCCUUUUCUUGAAUGGAACAGCUCAGUCCACAGCCUGGCCAAACGCCGUUAAAUCACUGACUGGAUGGUUUAGCAACAAGCAAAGGAUGACCAUCUUUGGUUUGUUUGGAACCAGUAGUUUUGCAGGAGGAAUUCUGGGAACAGCAAUGGCGGUUCAACUACUGUCUAUGUUCGCUCCAGAUAUGAAGAUGAUCUUUUUCAUACCAUCUAUUAUUGUGGGUAUCAUUGGUAUUUUGGAUUACUUGUUCCUCAAUUCUCCUUCAGAACUUGGGAUUCCUGAUGCUAAUGCAGAAUCAGGCGAGACCCCUUCAAAUACUCCAGAAACUGGUAACCCACCAGCUCAAUUGAGUUAUAGUCAACUGUGGAGUUUAAGGAUGAUCCCAGAACUCAGCUGGGCUACUUGUUGUGUAAAGUUGGUCAGAUAUUGUAUGUACAUGUGGCUGCCGAUGUAUCUUUACCAAGCGCUCAACUACACCAAAAUCCAGGCGGGCUACUUGUCCACAGUGUUUGAAAUAGGAGGAGUCGUGGGUACUACCGCGUUGGGCUUUGUCGUAACCAGGUUACUUCAGGGUAGAGCUGUAUAUGGUGUGACUCUGGCUCUGUUGGGAAGCACAGUUUUCAUGGCUCUUUUCCAAUACACGGGAGACUGGGGCCUCAUGGUGAACGCGUUAUUCAUGUUCCUGGCCGGAGCCUGCAAUUGUGGCGUUGAUCCGUAUUUGAGUGGUUCAAUUCCUGCAGAGAUUGGUGAGCGUGAUAAUGCACAAGCAGCUGCAACUGGCCUUGUCAAUGGGUUUGGUGGUGUUGGCCCUAUAAUUGAAGGGCCCGUUGUGGGUUGGAUCGCUGACAGGUACGGCUGGACAGGACCCUUUUACUUGAUGGUGGCCACGUCCCUUCUUAGCUUUCUUAUAAUGGUGAAGGCCCACAGGAUGGAACAGUCGAUGAAACGGGCGCAAUUUAUGGGAACUAUAACUGCAGAAACAGCCUGAAGGACCCUGUGUAUAGCAAAGUAGACGUGCGGAACAGUCACGGAGAGAGUGCGGCAAUUAGUGAAAACACUAGUUUCGUUCCCAGAUCGUUGUUUUUUGAUCGUAUUUCAAUCUCGAGCCCAAGGUUAUUUUGGCUCCUUGUCAGUUUGUAUGGUCGCCAAACACCGCAGGCGAGGAGUCAAAAUUACCCUGGGCUCGAGAUUGAUCGUAUUUGUGAACAUCUGUGAGCCGUGAGAGGCCUGAAACGAAGAUUACGGGAACUUUUAGAAAAUAUAUAAGAAAUGUUUAUAAGAAAUUUUUUGUUUACCGCACAAAAUUUUACAUGCAAGAUUAAGCGUUUGGUUACACUAACGCAUCCCCUAAUGACUCAAAUACCCGCCGCGUCGUUGCGGCUACUUUGCAUUCUUUUUACAAUCUGUUACAACAUUCUUAUUUUCUUUGUGGGGGAAAUAUUGAUCGUUAGUUUAAGCAAGUAGAACAUGUGUUGGGGGUGAAUAAAAAUAUUAAUAUCGUCACUGGAUGUAAUGCCA